CAGAGCGCACACACUGACCCUUAUCCCGGAGUUUCCGGACACGGAGAACAGUGCGUGGAGUUACCGCUCUGUCUGCAGUUAGCGGCAGCGAGUAGAUUAUAGACCGCUGGAAGUGUCCGAUGGUGCUGCAGGAAAGUUUCCCCAUGAUUCAAGUGUCGAUACCAUCAAUGGAGAAGGAGGCGGAUGAUUCGGGAAAGACUAAAAAGCUCUUCAGAAUUGAAGUCUUGUUCAACGAGAGGAAACAUUUUGUGCUGAGAAGAAACAGUGAAUUUCAAAAUCUCCACAGAAAACUCAGGAAAAUCGUCCAGACUCCAGAUUUCCCGAGCAAAAGGAACCAACAUCUGAGGACCAAACCUCUGGAGCAGAGGAGGCAAGAGCUGGAAGAUUAUGUCCAGGAUGUCAUCUACCAGAAUGAAGAUGUGCCGCAGGUGCUGCUGGACUUCCUCCACGUUAGACAUUUCCACACGGGGAACAAGAGCAGCAUGGAAUCGCUUGAUGAACUUGACAGCCAAGAUGACAGUUAUCAGUUUACCAAUCAGCGAGUGCUGGGAUUCUUUCAGGAUCCUUAUCUCACCGACAGCACUUCAGGUCUUCCAGAUGUGGUUGUAGAUGGGGUUCUUCAGGGUUUUUACCCCCGGGACAUCCGGGUCAGCUUCAAUGCCCCUACAAUCGCUGAACCUGAGCCCACCCUUCCCACAUCUGACCCCACCCAGAAGCCUAAUGUUCUAACUUAAAGUGCGCGAUAGCUAAAAACACAUGAUUUUCAAAAAUAGUUUUUUUAAGAAAACCAUCAGCACAACAAGACGAAGCAAAAGAAGAGUUUCUGUAUGGUUGACCCUGUGGGACUGAAACCCGUCACCCAGACUUUGUUGCUGCACUGCUCCACCCAUUGUUACUACAGCACAGACACGGUGCAUGGUUUAUUUCUCUUUUAGUGUCUUCUGAAAUCCAACUCGCAUUGUGGCAGAUUUGAGAAGUAGGUCAGAUGACUGGUGGGAAAAAUAACAGAGCAUAAAUGGCGGAAGUUGAUGGAAUUUUAGGGGAAAGAAAAUCAUGGCAGACUAAAUGUGCCAUUAUCGGUGGAUUUCAUGCUGUCGCCACAGGGAUCUACGUUUUAGAGUAGAAAUGCUGAAACUAUGUUCCGGAUUGGGCACCGUCAGUGGAAAAGAUGUAUUUAACGUUCUCGUAUUUAAACCAAGUAACACAAUAUCUCAUUGAGCCGUUUUAAUUUUUUUACACUGUGAACAUGACUGACUGCAUCGGGCAGUAUGGUGUCGUUCAUACUGACUGAUUCAAACCACAGCCUCAAUUCUCGUAUAAUUCGCUGUGUCUAAGCAAGUGGGAAGUUAUUUUAAAACAAAGGGCUAGAUUCAAAGUUUAAUGAAAUAUUUUAGGAAAACACUUUACACAUUUUAGGAUAUGCUUGUAACCGUUUAACCUGUAGAGUCAUAACCAGGAGUAGCACAGAGCUAGUGCAUACAAUGUCUAAUAUCCUGACUGUAAUAUAUUUUAAAUAUGAGGUUACAUUUUUAAAGCCAUAUUUGUUCAGUCAAAUGUUUGACAUGUGUGACUUUUGUACCAUGUUUAUAGUAAAUUUGUAA